UAAUGAAGAUUUUUCAUUCUUUUACUUCUCUUUUGUUUCUCUUCUCCCUUUUCUCUUCUUUGCAGACUCCCACAAAAGCAGUCAAGAAGGCAAGAAUUACUUCAUUCGAUGAUCCUAAGUUCUUUUUCUUAGGUUCAUUUGCUUAUAAUGUACCUUUUUACUGCUAAAUUUUUGUGUAUUCUGGUGUCCAGUCUUACGUUGUGUACUUAGGGAGGCAUACUCAUGAAUCUGAACCUUCUUCUACAUUGGAUGCUAAUAAAAUCACCGAUUCCUACUAUGAAUUACUGGGUUCUUGCAUGAAAAGUAAGGAGAAGGCAAGAACAGCAAUAUUUUAUUCCUACACGAGUUAUAUCAAUGGCUUUGCUGCUACACUGGAAGAUGAAGAAGUUGAUGAAAUCUCAAAACGCCCAGAAGUCCUAUCAGUUUUUCCUAAUGAAGCGAAUGAAUUACAUACGACAAGGUCAUGGGAGUUUCUUGGACUGGAGAGAAAUGGACAAAUUCCAGCUGAUUCCCUCUGGCUAAAAGCAAGAUUUGGUGAAGAUAUAAUUAUUGCAAACCUUGACACAGGUGUCUGGCCAGAAUCAGAAAGCUUCAAUGAUGAAGGGAUGGGACCUAUUCCAUCAAAGUGGAAAGGACAUUGCAAAACAAACGAUGGAGUUAAAUGCAACAAAAAGCUUAUUGGUGCAAGAUAUUUCAACAAGGGCUUUGAAGCUGCGAUAGGCAGUCCUCUUAAUUCAUCCUUCAACACCGCACGAGAUCUUGAUGGCCAUGGCACACAUACUUUAUCUACAGCUGGUGGGCGGUUCGUUUCAGGUGCAAACAUUUUCGGAUCAGCCAAUGGGACAAUAAAAGGAGGAUUGCCUAAUGCUCGAGUUGCUUCAUACAAAGUUUGUUGGCCAUCUUGCUUUGAUGCUGAUAUAUUGGCUGCUUUCGACGCAGCAAUACAGGAUGGAGUUGAUAUAUUAACUGUUUCGCUUGGAAGUCGACCUCGCAAUUAUUUUGGUCAUGGAAUUUCAAUUGGGUCUUUUCACGCUGUUAGAAAUGGGAUUCUUGUAGUUUGUUCUGCUGGAAAUUCUGGACCACAACCUGCAAGUGCUUCAAAUGUUGCUCCUUGGAUUCUAACUGUUGCUGCUAGCUCCAUUGACCGUAAUUUUCCAUCUAAUGUCAUUCUUGGAAAUAACAGGCUAUUCAAGGGCCUCAGUUUCAAUACUAAUAGCUUACCAGCUCGAAAUUAUCACCCCCUGGUCUACUCUGUUGAUGCUAAAAAUGCCAAUGUCUCUACUAGUGAUGCACAAUUUUGCUCUCCUGGAUCGCUUGAUCCAACGAAGAUAAAAGGGAAAAUUGUGUACUGUCUUCGCAAUCUGGACCCGGAAGUGGAGCCAGAUGUGGAAAAAGGCUGGGUGGUUGCUCAGGCUGGUGGUGUUGGAAUGAUCCUUGCCAGUCAAUUUGAUUUUCAAACGAUUAUUCCAAGGCCACACUUUCUUCCUACUUCAAUUGUGUCUGCAACUGAUGGCCUUUCCAUUUUAGCUUAUAUAUAUAAUUCAGGGUUCCCAGUAGCAUAUAUAAGUGGUGAAACAGAAGUUGGAGAAGUGGCUGCUCCUAUUAUGGCUUCAUUUUCGUCUCCCGGCCCUAAUGCAAUAACUCCAGAGAUUCUUAAGCCUGAUAUUACUGCACCUGGAGUUCAUAUAAUAGCUGCCUAUUCAAAAGCAUCAGGACCUUCUUCUUUGGAAGUGGACCAACGUCAUGUUCCAUUUAAUAUUAUAUCUGGAACUUCAAUGGCUUGCCCUCAUGUUGCUGGAAUUGCUGGUCUGCUUAAAACUUUGCAUCCUGAUUGGAGUCCUGCUGCUAUUAAGUCUGCUAUCAUGACCACAGCAAGAACUAGAAGCAACAUCAAACAGCCAAUUUUGACCAAUCUGUUUGACAAAGCAAACCCAUUCAACUACGGUUCAGGACAUAUCUGGCCCAACCGGGCAACAGACCCAGGUUUGGUCUAUGACCUAACCCCAAAAGACUACCUGAAUUUUCUAUGCUCUAUCGGCUAUAAUGCCACCCAAAUCUCUGCUUUUGCUGGCGCACCCUACAGUUGUCCAUCAAAAAACACUACUACUAAUUUCUUGCUGGACUUUAACUAUCCAUCCAUCACUGUCCCUAAUCUCUCCAAGAAAGUAAUAUUGACUAGAACCCUAAAGAAUGUCGGAACUCCAGGGGUAUAUAGGGUUCGGAUCGAUGCGCCGGAGGGAAUAUCAGUUAAGGUUGAACCAAAGAAAUUGGGAUUUAGCAAAAUGAAUGAAGAGAAAAGGUUUAAAUUAACAUUAGAGGCUAAGAAAAAUGGAAGCCAAGAUUAUGUAUUUGGAGGGCUUGUGUGGUCAGAUGGGAUCCACAAUGUAAGGAGUCCUAUAGUGGUUAGGAAGGAAGAAAAAGGCAAGGAUAGUUUAAAUUAAUUUGUUUUAUACAUUGCUUUGAGAUGAAGAAAUUAUAUGUUCAUUUUAA